AUGGGCCCCUGAGGUUAAGUCCCCUGGAGUCUUAAUCUUGCCAUCUCUUCACACCGCAGCGCAAUUAUAUUCGAGCUUUGAUUCCUUUUAUUAUGACGGUGCGCAUCUUUACGCGCAAGAGUGAUGGGAGUAUUUAAGCUCUGCUCCAUUAACCACACCCACAAGCUGAUUGAAAGAGGGGUGGAGGGUGGAUGCCAGCUGUGAUGCGCUUUGGAGAGCAGUAGAGGCGGCUCGGGAGUGGGUGGGGUGGACGCAGGCACAGGAGCUGGGAUGGCAUCACUUCAGGAGCCGUUUGGACAUAAACCGGGCUCUCCGGUAUGAUCAGCAGACUGGCAUCUGGAAGAACCGAGACCCUCAGCUGACAUGAGUCAGGGCAAUGAGAGCGUCCGCGCCAACAUGUCUCAGGCGGAGCUGGACCUCUUCAGCAACCUGGAGGACAUCGACGUGACCGCAGACGGGAGUCCUGCUCUCAGGUUCCUCAUCUGCAUCGUUUACUCCGUGGUGUGCGCCGCUGGGCUGGUGGGCAAUCUGUUGGUCCUCUUCUUCAUCAGAGUGAAACAGGACAGGAGGAAGUCGGGGGUAAACUUCUUCGUGCUCAACCUGGCCGUGACGGACCUGCAGUUUGUGCUCACGCUGCCCUUCUGGGCCGUGGACACCGUGAUGGACUUCAGCUGGCCCUUUGGAGACGCCAUGUGCAAGAUCAUCCUGUCGGUCACCGUGAUGAACAUGUACGCCAGCGUCUUCUUCCUCACUGCCAUGAGCGUGACGCGCUACUGGUCUGUGGCGUCGGCUCUGAAGAACAGAACAGCGCACAAGUCCUGCUCCGCCAAGUGGGUCUGCGCUCUCAUCUGGACUCUGGCGACUCUGGCGACCGCGCCGACCUCGAUUUUCUCCGCAGUGACCAACGUGACAGGAGAGAAGCUGUGCCUGCUGCGCUUCCCCGGUGGACAGUACUGGCUGGCGCUUUAUCACAUCCAGAAAAUAACUGUGGGCUUCGUGCUGCCCAUGGUCAUCGUGUCCAUCAGCUACUUCAUGCUGCUGCGCUUCAUCCACAAGCGCAGCAUGAAAACCAGCAACCCCAAACGCAUGUCCCAGGUCACCAAGUCUGUCACCAUCGUUGUGUUGUCCUUCUUCGUGUGCUGGAUGCCCAACCACGCCAUCACCUUCUGGAGUGUGCUGGUCAAACUAAACGCCGCACACUGGGAUAAAAGUUACUACAUCGUCCACACCUACGUGUUCCCGGUGACCGUGUGUCUGGCGCACACUAACAGCUGCCUGAACCCCGUCAUCUACUGCCUCAUGAGGAAGGAGUUCAGAGACAAACUUCGGGGGAUGAUUUACAGAGGAUGAUGUUACGGAGCGAGUGUCAGGCAAGCGCGUAAUGCGUGGACAAACCGUGGCCAGGACGCGCCGGAUGCGCACAGCUGAAGCGCACUGCACCCGUGGACACGGAUGCUCCAUGGAUUCUUAAAUCACUGCGCGCUUUCACGAUUGCUCUGUUCCAAUAUCAAACAAAUAAGCGUUCUUGUUAAAAAAAACAACACAAUGUCUCAUUAGUGGACUCCACAGACCGCGCGCCAUUGCGCGUCACUAUCACCUUCUGCUGUUAAUGAUGAGACGCGAGCAGCUGCGUUCUGCAGGAGGACGCUUAACCACCAAAGAAAAUCCGGGAUUCAUGGAAAUAAUACUGAAUGUAGCAACGGAAAACGUCAAAUGUUUGCUGUAAAUAUACAAAAGCUGUUGGUUAUAGUGGACAAUCAUUGUCAUGUUAAACGAGUCUCAUGCAUUGAUACGCAAUGUUUCACGUCCAAAAAAA